GAGGAUAUUUAUAAUAACAUAUGUGAUCAACCUUCAAUUCAAAAAUAUUCGAAUUUUUAGAUAUUUACGGACUAAUUCGAAAUCAAUAAUUUCAUUUUCAACCCUUCGUAUAUUAUGUAUCUACAUCUCCUAAUCGAUUUUAAAAAGAGAAAUAUAUGAUCCUAACGAACGCUUUCGCCAUCCAUUUGGACAUUCCUACACUCCGUCGUAAAUUGGGGCGGAUUAUGAUUAAGGCAUAGAAACUCAUCCAUCUCACCCUCUCAAAAAUCGUUCGAGAUAUCUAUUUUUGAAAUAGUUCACCAAAUGAACCAAAAUUUAGACUCCAGGAAUAUUACGGACGCAGAUUCCGAGAUUAAUAACCACGUGACCCUAGAAAAUCGCGAUUCGAAACUCUCCAACGUUAUCGAAAAAUCGGGUGAAGAGAAAAGAUCGAAGGACCCUCGGAACCACGAACUAACGCCUAGCCAGGUUACUCCACGUAACGACCCCAACGAAUCUGACAAAGUUUCCUCGCCGAAUAUCGAAUCGAAAGAUUCUGGGAAAAUUUUGUCGAUCCUCAACCGUGGUACGGUCCAAUAUAAGAAUCCCGUCGAUGAUUCGUUGAUCAAUAGAAUUGCCCAAUCCGAGACCACCAAUAAUACGGACGAUUUUAUUGAUGAUAGCGAAUAUUCCAAAUCAUCCUUACCCAAAAUCCCAGAAAUUCGCAAAACGCACGCAAACGGAAGCGACAAUAAUACGGAGGCCCAUCGGAAUAUUUUGUUAUCCAGGAUUCAAAGAUUGCAGGACAAAAUCAAGAAGGAGAAGGAUAUCAGAGAUGAAAAUCUGAAUUCGUACCUUAACCUGACUCACCACCCAGUCACCCAACUUCCGGUGACUUCGUCUUCCGUCGAUCCUUCCCACGUAGUUCGAAAAAGUUUCCAAAAAAGGAAUCAUCUGAUCGCAGAUCGGCUCAACCGUUACGAAAAACGCCUACGCGAAACCUUUUCGGAACUCGAAAUGUGCACGUGCGCUCCGCCUCCACGUCCCCUGCGCCCAAUGGCCUCGGUUCCGUUAUCGUCUAAAAUUGUCGAGUCACGAGAAUUCGCGAUAGGUGACCAAUCAGGGAGCUCGAAAAAUAGGACCAGAAUGUUUCGAUCGGAGUGCGGCAAAGGGAAUGGACGAAUCGACCAAUCGGAGAAAAGACAAAAUAGUUUCGGAGAUUCGCACCGAUCAGACAUCGGUAAAAUAAAAGGAUCAGAUAAUUCGACGGGCCAAUCGGAGAGCGCUAAAUUGGUCCAAUCGGAGAAUAGCAAUUCAUCCGCAGAUUUCUCUAAAAAACGAUCCGCAGGUGACGUUAAACAGGGUGGCUCACUUGAUAGAGCUAGACAAGCCCCACCUAUUCCCCUUCCCCCUUUAUCAACUCAUCAUCAUUCCGGUUUCCACUGGUUUAUGGAUAAAGAAAUAAGCCGCAUGAAAACGAGGAAGAAAGAGUUAGCUCAUAUGUUCAAAAAGUUUGGCAGUUUGGAUCAUCUUCACCCUAGCGCCGUUACCCAGAUAAAUCCUACCAAUUUGAAUACUUCCAUCGUUACUGGAAAAGCUAAGUUUAGGAUCGAUAUGGCCAAAAACGGUGCCACCGGAGAUGUUACCAAUAUACUAAGUUCCGAUUAUAACGGUCACCUAGCACCCUUGCCCGAGCCGGACACUUACCAAAAUGAUCCUACUCAUCCAAACUACUCCUCAUCUAUCCAUACGUCUUCCCAGCUUUCCACCGCAUCCUCGACGCCUUCCUCCUUGUCCGGCAAGGAGAACAAUAAUUCGUCCACCUUUUACAUCGGUUCCGGUUAUUUGGCCCAACCUCCUACCCACAAAACCUCUUCGAGUGUUCGCAGCGUUAAAAGUUCGAAUUCUCAAGAUCGACGGUUUAACCCUCCCGCCACCUCUCCGGAUAAAACUGCUUUAGCUCCCGAAAAAUAUGGUAGCAAACAAACCCUCGGCUCUCAUCACGCCUUAAUCACUCCUUUCAAUCCGAAUCCUAUUGUGGCACAUGAUCAGGAUCAUAAUGCCCCAAAUAUUUUAGCCGGAAAUGGGGCAUCUAACAACCUUACGAAUAACAGGGAUAUGGUAGAAAAUGAGGCAAACUUGGAAGAUGGGAAAUAUUCGGGAGAAAUUUUAGAUCAUUCGCCCUCCAAGCAGCAGAAAGAGUUGGACUAUUACGGUAACCAAAUCCCGACUCAGCAGGGUCAAAAUUAUCAAAUGCAAUACCAGGGACAGCUGGAAAAAUUGGCUCAGCAACAAAAUCAGGACAGGAGAAAUUUGGAUAGUUUGAGGAUAAAGAAUCAGCAAGACUUCGCUUCCUUCAACGAGUCAAUGUCAGAGAUCGGAUUCCGAUGUGAAAAUCUGAACGAACAAAUAACCGACAUCGUAGAACUCCAACAGUCCGAAACCGAGAAUUUGAGGUUAGAAAUCAAGGCGCUGGAAGAAAAGAUGUCGUAUCAAAUAGACGACAGGACGCAAGAUAUACUCGAGAUGAUGGAAAAUAUCCAGACCAGGAUUUCGAAGCUUGAAUUGGCCCAACAAAGGCAACAGAUAGGCUCUCUCGAGGGGCUGGAGAUGUCAGCUGCCCGCAAUCUCUUGCUCAAAUUCAUCAAUAUAUUGUUAGCCUUUCUACAACUAGUCCUACUCUUAACGUCCACGUUCGCCACCAUACUCAGCCCCUUCGUUAAAACUAGGUCUCGCACAUUCGUAACCCUGAUCGUGAGUCUCUGCGUAGCGCUCUUACUCAAGACGAAUCCCAACUUCCAACGCCAAUGCAUUAACUUGAUUCACCGCCUAUUCCUAAUGCCAUCUCAUAAAUCCUGACCCGUUGAAAAAAUCAGAUUAUGAUCCCAUAAUUUUACUAUUAUCAUUGAUUUUAAACCUUUAUAUACGUCCUAAGUAUAAAUUAUAAUACUCAGGGGAGGGGAUUUAUUUAUAUUUUUAUAGAUUAAUUUUUUAAAACCUCUUUUUUUUUAAAAAAAAACAAAAAAUUAUUGUUUUUUUUUUAAUUUACGUGUUUUCUAUUUGUUUUUUUUAUAAAACAAAAAAUAUAUUUAAAGAAAUAAUUCAUAAUUUAUGCUUUCGUCGCUUAUAGUCCAAUAUUAAUAUAUAUAUAUAUACCAUAAAACAUUUCAAUGACCGACCAUCAAUUUUAAUAGUUUUUGUUUUUUUUUAAAAAAAAAUAAAAAACAUACUAAUUUCUUUCUGUUCAAAUUUGAAAUAGAAAUUGUGCAAUCAUCUUUUUAAAAUGGGUUUUUUAAUAAAAUAUUUUCUUAUAUUUUUUUAUCAACCUCCCAACUUAGUAACUGUGAUACUAUAAUGCUGGUGUAUUUUAUUAUUAUUCACUCACCCCCCCCCCCCCAACCCACCCUUCUAACUAAGUUAAAUUAUGGGUAAUUAUAACUUUGUUUUUUUUUUAAAUCUAAUACAUUAAAAAGAGAGAUAAAUAAUAUUAUAUAGCCUUUAAUAGAAAUAAUUAUUUCUUAUGUCGCAAUAUUGUAUAUUAAAUUAUAUAUUUUUAAAAAAGAAAAGAUAAGAUAAGAUCAGGAAGAAGAAUUAUUGUCAUUCCGAAAUUUCGAAUCGCUUGUCUUUUUUUUUAAUUUAUAUUUGAAUUCGAAUUCUACUGUUAUUUUUGGGUCCUCUAAGGAAUAUGUUGAGAAAACAUAAAAUAUUUCUUACUUGUAUUGAAAAAGCCCCAACGUGAUUUGUUUAUGCUGAUAUUA